CUGGACACCUUUGGUGAACGUCCCCAGUCCUUUAAAAGGGCAGAGUCUAGCGGACCAGUCUGUGUCCUGGAGAUAAAUGAACACAAUCUAGGGCAGCCGGUGCAGCUCCUGGUACCUCUGGCUCGGACCUUUUGGAACAGAUGUCUGGGGAGACACCGAUGUGUAGUAUGGACCUACGCGAGGUCAAGGUGAAGGAGACCAGCACAGCUGGCAGAUACCGCACGUCCUGGUAUGAGCAGUACGUACAACCGUGUAUCGUGGAACUUUUGGGCUCCGCUCUCUUCAUCUUCAUUGGAUGCCUAUCGGUCAUUGAGAACAGUCCGAAUACUGGGCUCCUGCAGCCUGCCCUGGCUCAUGGGCUGGCCCUGGGACUCAUCAUUGCUACCUUGGGGAACAUCAGUGGUGGACACUUCAACCCUGCUGUGUCGCUGGCAGUCACACUGAUCGGAGGCCUUAAGACCAUGCUGCUAAUUCCCUAUUGGAUCUCCCAGCUGUUUGGGGGGCUGAUUGGGGCUGCCUUGGCUAAGGUGGUGAGUCCAGAGGAAAGGUUCUGGAAUGCGUCUGGGGCAGCCUUUGGGAUAGUCCAGGAGCAGGAGCAGGUGGCAGAAGCCCUGGGGGUAGAGAUCAUUCUGACGAUGUUGUUGGUACUGGCCGUGUGCAUGGGUGCCGUCAACGAGAAGACAAUGGGCCCCCUGGCCCCAUUCUCCAUUGGCUUCUCUGUCAUUGUGGACAUCCUGGCAGGAGGUGGGAUCUCUGGAGCCUGCAUGAACCCUGCUCGUGCCUUUGGACCUGCUGUGAUGGCCGGCUACUGGGACUUCCACUGGAUCUACUGGCUGGGGCCCCUCGUGGCUGGCCUCUUUGUAGGACUACUCAUUAGGCUCUUCAUUGGAGAUGACAAGACCCGCCUAAUUCUAAAGUCGAGGUGAAGAACUGCUGGUGGCGUCCCCACUGCCUGGAGUCCUCAGCUGCUUGUCCUCAGUUGAGGAUGGGACAAUUCCAUUAUUUCCUACAGGACCUGAGCUCAGAGGAGCCACCAUGAUAGCAGCUGACCUUGUACUGGCUUCUCAGGCAGGCAGGCAGGUAGCUGCUGCUUUGUCCUAAGCAUACUCCUGGAAUCCAGAAUUCCUUUGUGCUCAUGGACUGGGCCUGGGGCCCAGCCUAAAAUCAGGUAGAGACCAUGUAGAAAAAAAAGGGAAGGUCUCUUUUCCUGAGAGAGGACAGGACAUUGGAGGGCCAAGCAGAUGGAGAAUGCAGUUGCUAAUUACACUGUUCAUUUCUCCAGCCCUCUUUCUUUUUCACUGUGUUGGGUUUGGAACCCAAUUCAUGCAUACGAGGUGAGCACUUUGCUACUGAGCCCCUUGCUCUCCCCACCCUCUUUCCUCUUGAUGACACUGUUACAGAAGGGCUUUCAGGAGCCCAACGAUUUCCUUGCUUCCCCAGCUGCCAAUCUGACUUUGUAAUAAAUCACCUUUUCCUUCCAGA